AUGUCGACGACGGAUAUCCAAAAAAAGCUGAAGGCAGCAAUCGCUCGUCGGCUUAAAGAAUUGGACGUCUACGUCGAAGAUGAGCUGCCCGAUUACGUAAUGGUGAUGGUAGCGAACAAGAAAGAGAAGAAAGCAAUGCGCUCCGAUCUCUCGCUUUUCCUCGGCGCGAACACGGACACUUUUGUUGAUUGGUUGUUCGAUGUCAUGGCCAAAUUGCAUUCAGCCUCCGGGAAAACGGAAACUAAACCAGUUGCUCAAAAGACUCGUGAUCCGAGCCCAUCAAGGGACAAGGAAAAGCUGAAAGAAAAGGAACGAAAAGCGAAAGAAGAAAGUGAAAGAGCCGAACGGGAAAAGGAGAGGAAGGAACGAGAACGUCGACAUAAAGAAGAACAAGAGAAAGCUGAAAGAAAGGCGAAAAAGGAACGAGAAGAGAAGUUGGAAGAGGAAAGGAAAAGAAACAAAGAAAAGGAGCUGAGGCGAUUGGAGAAAGAAAAAGAGGAACGGGAAAAGGAAAAAGAAAGGGAAAGACAAAGACAACAACGAGAAGCGGAAGAACGAUCGAGACACGAGGAAAGACACCAUAAGCAUCAUCGCAAUCGCCGUGAUCGCUCAAACACUUGGUCCGACGAUGAGGACGGAGUGCGGCCGCGCUAUCGUGUUGCUUCAGUUGUCGAGAAGCUCGAUACCGAGCACCCAAUGCCUACAGUUUCUUCUCGAAUCGUUGUUAAACGCAAACCGCAGCCUGUCAAUGACACGAAAAGCGCUCGCGGGGCCACCAGCAUUUUGCAACGUGCCGUCGCGGCUGCCAAUCAAAGUGCCAACAACAGAAGCAAUCAGGCAUCGACGUCGAAGCGGCCAUGUAUCGCGAAUCGAGUCGACUAUGGAUCGAGAAGUGAAUCCGAGCCGCGAACGGAUGACGAUGAGCAAAAUGAUGAUGAGGCGAUGCUGAUGGCGGCCGUUGGAGCGGCACAGUCAAAAGCGGUUUCGUCAACGAAUGGUCCAACCAAGUUCAUCAUCACAAUGAAGCAAAGUCAACAUCCGCGAAAUGUACAGAAAAGACACAUAAAACAGGAGGACGAGAAAAAGGAUGUUGCAAUGGAGCCAACCAAGGAUAAACGCCCGCGACACAUGCGAAUCUCGGCUCCCGAUGAGACCUAUGUUCCACCACCGAGAUAUGUUGAAAAGAAGAAAGCCCUCGUCGCACUCAACUUCUCACCGGUAAAACCACUCGCUCAAUCGUCACCGAAGAAAGAAAAGCUUCAUUUGCCAGUGGAAUGGAAUGGAAAAAUCAAAUUGGAUGCCGAAUCGAGUGAUGACGAUGAGGCGCAAAUCGAUGCGGUUCUCGCGUCAACUCGUCGAGUCAUUCCUUCGGCUCGUGGCGAUGGUGAUGGUGAUGGAGAGCAAAGCGACGAGGAGCUCCCGCCGACAGUCCUUUUGUCAAGAGGUCGUCCUAAGAAUGACAAAGUGCAAGAAACCAAAGGGGAAAUUAUGGGCAACUCCUAUUCGGGCAACUACUCACCGGUGCAAACGCCAACUGAAGCCAUUUAUGUGCCGACUCCAAUUCAAAAGGGCCCGUCCCCCGAAGGAUCAUCGCCAAUUUUGAUGGACUCGAUGAUGCAAUACACGACCGGCACCUCGACGCAAAAUCAUGUGAACAAGGCAAACGGUAAAUGCAAGUAUUGGCCGAAUUGUACGCGCGGUUUCUCGUGCGGUUUUGUGCAUCCGAGCAAAGCGUGCAGUGCUUUCCCCAAUUGCACUUUUGGCUCGUCAUGUCUCUACAUUCAUCCGGUCUGCCGAUUCAACGCGCAAUGCAAGAACACGAGCUGCUCAUUCACACACUCGGAAACAGGAACCUUUCCGGCCGCCGUCCUCGCGCUCUCCUCUCAACCCUCGUACAAUCGACCGUCGGCCAUCGUGAGGCCAAUGAUGAAAACGAUGAGCACGUACAAUGCGACCAACCCAUACCAGGAGAACAGCCAGGAUUACACUGCUGACCUCGCUGUCGCUCCGAAAGUGCCAACGGUGCCGUGUAUUUAUGGUGCUGGUUGUAGGAAUUCGCAAUGUACCUUCAAGCAUCCACCGGCGUGCAAAUUCGGCUACAGCUGCUAUAAUGCGAGUUGCGCUUUCUACCAUGGACCGGCUCAACAAUCGACUGCUGCUUCAGCUGUUCCGAUUCAAGCACAUCGCCAAUCGGGCUCCCGAACACAGUACACAUGGAAAGCGAAU